AUGCAGACAAGUAUGUGCGGCGCUUCCGGGGGGCGGCCUGAGCCUCAGCCGGCCGGCGGUCCAGACACAGCCCUGAACAAAGACCAAGAGCUUCUACAGAACAAGCGCCAUCACGAGUUCCCUCCCUUCUCCGCCUUGCAGCUGAUUGUAUCUGGCUACCUCCAAGAGUCCCCGUCAGCCUUUUUCAACCAAUGCAGACUCGUGAACAAAACCUUCAGGUCUGCCAUCAACGCAGCACAUCCUCCUUACACGUGGCACCUCCAGGGCGCCUGCCUCAACAGCGAACUUCAGACUGUGCUGCAAUGUAUGUCCGCUGAGCAGGGCUUCUGGAAGGGAGUCAAGAAUGUGAGGCUAAACGGAAGUGACGUCAGCAUGACGGAGGGGGACUGCCAGCUGCUGGUGGCAGCUCUUGGUGCGAGAGCGUGGGAGUCGGUCAGCUUGGUUGAGGUGAACCUUACUCACCCCGCCGUCAUGAAGAAGAUUCUCCACACAUCAGCCGAGCGCGGCACGCUGCGCCACCUGUCAAUAUCCGAUUCGCCCGUCUCGGAGCGCGGCCUCCAGCGCUCGCUCGCGUCCGUCAGCCACUGCUUAGAGACGCUCCAGAUUCUGCACGGGGUCACUUUUUACGGACAAGGAGCGUCCAAAGUGGAGUGCCCGAAUCUCCGGACACUCGUUCUCGCGAGUCCGAACGGAACCCGCGAGACAUUCCUGGGCUGGCUACUCUACGACAUCACUCCGCCCCCUCGAGGCCGGGUUCCGCUCUCCUUCUUCCGCUGUUCCGCCCUGCGGACGCUGUGGCUGGUGGGGCUCGGGACCUUCUUCGAGAUGACGGAAGCUGACGUCAUCGGCAUCUUCGAGCGGGUGCCGCUCCUGGAGGAGUUCCGGCUGUUCAACGGCGGGCUCUCGAUGGAGUUCCCCAACGACCAGUACUUUAGCAACGGUUCCGUCCAGGGGUCUGACACCAGGCUGACGUCAGCGGUCAUUGCUGGCGUCUUCAAGGGGCUCACCCGUCACUGCCCGCGCCUCAAGCGGAUAUCCAUCGGGCAGAAAAGCUCUCCCUGCACCGUCCGGAACGGUAAUUUGGACGGCUCCUGGCUGCGGCGCUUUGCGGACGCGCACCCGAAGCUGACCGAGGUUAACCUCUUUAUAACCGGGCGGUUUGCAACCGAGGCAUGGCUGUACGCCAUCGCCAAGUGGGCGCCCACCCUGGAAAAGUUCACCGGGCACUUCAAGAAGCGCCCCGGGGACUUCGAAUCCGAACGACAGCUGGUGCUCUUGGCAAAGGCACCGGAACUGACGGAACUGGAGUGCCUCGGCGGAAACUACCGGGAAGAGAUUGAGUGGAUGCGGCGCCAAUCGCCGAAGGCAUUUCAAAAGCUGAAAACUUCUACCUACGACAAGGGCAAGCUGGAUUACAAACGGUAUCUCCACAGACCCGAAACCGACAGAGGAGACCCUAGUCCAUACUGGAAUGGGGGCAUCUACUGA